GCCAUAGCGGUGGGCAGAGCGAGCUCAGGUCGGCAGAGGGAGACGAAAGCGGCCAUGGCGUACGGCGGCCUUGCGGUGCCUAUCAUCGUCAUGAGCGUUUUCUGGGGGGUGGUCGGCUGUGUCUUGCCGUGGCUUGUGCCCAAGGGGCCUAACCGGGGUGUUAUCAACACAAUGCUGGUGACAUGUGCUGUCUGCUGCUACCUCUUCUGGCUGAUUGCAAUCCUGGCUCAGCUGAACCCUCUCUUUGGGCCACAGUUAGAAAGCCAUGUAAUCUUAUAUCUAAAGGAACACUGGCCGUAAUGAUGCACUCUACUAUGGCAGUUUGUGACCUAGCACAUCACUUCCUGGCAAGUAACAAUCUUGAUUUGGAAGAGCCUGGCAUUAAUAACCAGGAGAUUGGAAUUGGAAUUAACUCAGGCAGGAUCUUAGUUUUGUUAGUUAAAAGUGGUGUUCUGGCACUAGGUAUUCAGUUUCCAUUUUCUAAUCCCCACUUUUUAAUAUAUAGCUAAUGUCAGGGGCUUCUAGCUGACUCUUUGCUUAUAUUGAUUUAUUACUGCAUUUGUCACAAUUCAACCAGGGCUUAGUGGGCUUGUUGAAAAUACCCAGUUUUUUAAGAUCCAAAAGUAUCCUCUUCAAUGGUUAAUAAAGAUGAACCACUUUAUAACAGCUGUGAUGCCUUGCAUAUUAACCUUUUCUCUCAAGAAUCUGAUUGUUAAAUUGUUGACUUGUGAAUUAAAAUGCCUCUGAAAGAGACUAAACUGCUUUUUGCU